AUGCCGUCCGCCUGGUUCUUUCUCAUGUUUUUUGCCGGAGCUAUUCGACUGGCUGGGCCAUUCGUCACGAUGAUUUAUAGCAUGAUCACUGGUGACAUGCUCACCUUCGCCAUCAUUUAUUCCAUCAUGCUCCUGGCCUUCUCUCAGGUCUUCUUCUGUCUUCACCGCGGACAUCCCGAUAAAACUCUGUUUAGCAACUUUUUAUCAACCUGGAUGGCACAACUCACUGCAAAUGCGGUCUACCCGGCGGUGACAACCACCGUCUUUGUCAUUUUCAUGAUUAUGGUUUCGAUAUUGCUGUUGAACAUGUUGAUCGCUAUGAUGGGUAACACCUACGCCCUGGUCAUUCAGCAGAGUGAGAAAGAAUGGGUGAAACAGUGGGCAAAGAUCGUCAUCACCCUGGAAUACGUGCAGAAAUACGUGACCCUCUAA